AGUGAAUGAGAAAGGCUAGAGAAGAGAGAAACUGCAGCUUCUCUUAGCAGCAGCUGCUGAUCUUCAGCUGAGGUUGGAACAACAAAUGGAGCUCAGUUUGUGAGCAAUGCUCCAGGACUCAGUCACAGUGUCGGUGUGAAUACAGCCAGAGAACAGGUGACGUGGAAACAGUUAAAGCCACUGAGGGGCUAUGAUGACUUGACAGACAUUAUCCACAAGUUGUUACUCAGCAUCAGAAGGGUUGACCUGUCAUUAUGGCUGAGAGAAACGAGAGGCGUCUGAGUGGAUUGAGCCAAACAUCCAGUCUGGUCACCAUCUCCUCAAACACUUCAUUUGGGUCAAAGGCUGUUCGAACAAUGAAGAAGGUUCACACUUUCGCCAAGAGAGAGCAGGCUGUAAAACGAGACCCCAACUCAGUGACGGUGAUUCGGGGCUGGCUGCACAAACAGGACAGCUGUGGCCUUAAGCUGUGGAAAAGAAGAUGGUUUGUCCUGUCUGACUUCUGUCUCUUUUAUUACCGAGAUAGUCGGGAAGAGAGAAUCCUGGGGAGUAUUCCAAUGCCGAGUUACAUCAUCUCUGCUGCUGAUCCACAGGAUCGGAAAACACGGAAAUUCAUUUUCAAGGCUGAACACCCAGGAAUGAGGACAUAUUACUUCAGUGCUGACACUCAGGAAGAUAUGAAUGGAUGGAUCAGAGCUUUGAUCCAAUCAGCACGUGUGGAAUCUGAAAACGCUAACAUCUCCUCAAUGAAAUCUUCAAAGCAUGUUCCUCAGGAACAGGAAUUUUCCAGCUUUGAAGAUUUCACAAAAUCUGGCCUGUUCCAGCAGAGGGAAAGUGCUCAAAGCGCAGAGUCGCUGGAAAUCGCAAAACUCUCUGAACCAAGGCACCUACUGGACUCCAGGAGUGAAAUGAUGGAAAAGAAGUUGGAGAAAGUCAGACAGGAACUCCUGGCUCCCACCAAUAGUCACAGAGAUGCCCCAUCUUUAACCAUCUCCCUCGAGCAGCUGACCCCUCCAACACCGAAUGGCACUGUCCCACCUCCCACUCCUACAAGUGGGGUUCAUAACAGAGCAUUCAGAUUUGAAGAUGCUCCCAAGCCUGGGGCUGAGUACAUGGAACCACACAGAAGAAGCUCGCUAUCUCAUGUUGAGCAAUGGGUUCGGUCCCAGAAAGGGAAACUCCCUGAAGGACAGCAGGACAAGCACUAUGUAGUGAAGACUGCGUCUGGCCAUGUGUACGAAUGCCUUGUUGAUGGUUAUCCAGUAUCAUCAGUCAGCUCCCAACUCCACGGGGAACAUUCCAUCCCCAUCAGUCUGAGCUCGGGAAACAUGCAGCAGCAAAGCCCCAGUUACUAUUUCAAUCAGGAGCAGGAGGAGAGAUUGCAGCAUGAAGCUUCCCCAGCGAUCAGCAUCUAUCAGAGCAGAAUCUUCCCAUCCAACACUCCAGAUCUCAUCAGCUCCCGAAAUACCAGAUCUCUGCGCUCCAACUCCCUGCCCAUUACAUCCGACACUCCGAGGUACCAGGUACUGCGAAGAUCGCACACUCCCGAUGACCGAUAUGUGAUCCUAUCAGAGGGACAACAAGGCAGCCAUUUGAGUGAAACUCCAUCUGAGGGAGUUUCCCAGGGGUCGCUGGACAGGGCCUCAAUCCCCCAGAAUUCACCAGUGACAUCCAAACCCCCUGUCCCAUUCUCAAGGUCUUCACAAAGAGCCCAGUCUCCCUUAGAGAGAUCAGAAAGCAGAUCCCAUGUAGACGUCCACCACAUGGGUUCAUCCCAGAGGGCCAGCCGAACUUUGGUAAGGCCUCACACUCCAAUUGGGAGGAUUGACAUCCUUCCAUCCCCACAGGCAUCUCCAAUGAUGAGAAGCAGCUACCUUCAGAUUCCAGGGCUGUUUGCAGGACCUCACAGUUUACCAGCCAAUGUCACACUGCUACCCACAGAGGAACAGCCUGGAGAAUAUUACAUGGCUUCAACAUUUGCAAGAGCUCGAGGGCAAACACUGAACAGACCUUAUUCAAGACCACAAACUCCUUCUAAUCGACUUGAUGUGCUGCCUUCUGAGGAACAUUAUGGUUUCCUGUCAAACAAAUUUCACGGUCCAUUCAGAAUCCAGCAAAGAUCACCAACACCAUUUGAAAGGAUGACUGCAGUCCCUCUAGAUGAAAUGGAUAUUGAAGGAUUGAGUGUCACAACCCCAAGCAGACGUUCUGAAAAUUACAGACCACAUACUCCAGUGGUUCUGCCUGGUAAAGACCAUCACAAAGAGAUGUCUCUUGGCAGACACAGGAUACCAGGAACAAGGGAGCCUUUGACCUACCAAAAUCGAUGUUUUCCACCUCCUCCAUCUCAUAUCUCCCGAACAGUCAGAACUCUAGGCUUAUCAGGAAAAACGGAAUCGAUUUCCAGCUUCACUGAACUUCCUCCUCGACCUCCAACUUCAGCCCGACCCAGCCCCAAUCUACUACUGUCACCCGUCGGGACUCUGUCCCUCAGUCCUUCGAUGUAUGGGGAAUACACAACCGAACCUGUCAAAAUGGUGGAAAAUGAAGUUGAUGUGUUGUUGACCAGGCUGUGUGGGCAGGACCGAGUGCUACAGGGGUUGGUCAAUGAAGUGACUCAGCUCAAAGCAGAGAAGGACAAACUGGAAGGUGUGUGGGAAGCGACACAUUGUCAGAUGAUGGACUUUGAGAGACAGCCAAAUAUUGUGGAGCGGUUAGCAUUCCAACAGCAAAUUCUUCAGGAGGAUCUGAUCCAAAUCCGUGCCAGACUCUGUGACCUGUCCACGGACAUGGAACAAUCUUGGAAUGAAUAUGAAUUCCUGGAGAAUGAGCUGCAGAGAUUCAGGUCCACUCGAGAGCUGCUCACCAGAUGUGGGUCUGCGCAGGAGCGAGGAGAGGCACAGCGUGAUCUCUGGAUGAUAGAGGAUGUGAUUUUAGGCCUGAGCAGCAACAGAAAGAGCUUCCAGGCUGCAAUAGGAUCAACUCAACAACCCGUAAUACCAUUUACAGCCUCCCCUGUCCUAGAACAUCCCUCUGGGCUUCAAAGUGACUCCCUGCAAACUCCAUCUGGGUCGUCACCACUGCCAGCUCCAAACUCUGGGCCCCACAGGCAGGUUCUAGAUGAUGUCCCUUGCAGGCCACCACUCCCCACACUGUUACAUCACAAUCAGCACAGCAAAGCUGAACACUGUGGGGCUGAAACAGCAUCUCCUCCAAUCCAGUCAGAACAGAAACAUACACAGGAAGAGAGGAACUGUAAUCUGCAGAACAACUCGGUGACAAAUGGAAACUACAGGGGCCAACAUACACUGACUGCUGGGGGCAUUCACAGAAAAGGAAAGAUGAGUGCAGAGGAACAGAUGGAACGAAUGAAACGACACCAGGAAGCACAUCUCCAGCAGAGGCCCAGGACAGGUAUCCUGUCUCAAAGAAGUGUGGCUGUGUCACCAAUAAUGAGAGGAGCAAUGACAGGAGAAUCAAGACCGAACUCUGCAAACCUCUCGACCAACAGACCAGUGACCAACCACUCAACAGGUGCCCAUCUCACUGCCAGGGCGGUACCCUCUUGGACCAGACCAGGAAAUACCCCAACUGUUUCCACAAAACCAACAUCUACACCUGAGCCACCUGGAACACGAAAUGAGAUGGCAUCAAGUAAAUUGGUGACAAAGCUUUCAGCACCACCAGAGACAGCAGAAAGCCACACCCGUGAACGUAAUCGAAUUGUAAGAAAAGAGUGUAAACCCAGUAAAGUUAUCAUAACCACCCGAUAUAUCGAUGUGGAUCCUGAGAUUCCCCUCAGUCCAGAACAACUGCAGGAGAAGCAAAGAACAUUGGAGAAAAUUAAGACGAUGAUCGCAAAGACCAGUCCUGAUGUAGCUGGGUGCUGGGCUCCUGCAGACCGAGCCAUGUUCCUGGGAGAAAGAGAGAGGGAGCGGAUUAUUAAUCUCUCAUACACUCUCGCGACUGAAGCUUCGCAGCGCAGCAGAGUCCUGACAGCUAAAGCUUUAGCUGAAUUCCAGAAACAGGAAGAGGAGAUGGGCAGUCAGAGUGCCCAGAACAACAUAGACUCUCAUCCCAAACUGCAGAAAAAUGGAGUCGCCUUCAAUUUAGGACACCACAAAGAAGCAACCAAUACAAACGUAGAAUACCAUCAAAAAUCAGCCAAUCCCAGAUCAGGGCACCAAGAAGGGACAGCAAAUCCCAGAUCAGGGCACCAAGAAGGGACAGCCAAUCCCAGAUCAGGGCACCAAGAAGGGACAGCCAAUCCCAGAUCAGGGCACCAAGAAGGGACAGCCAAUCCCAGAUCAGGGCACCAAGAAGGGACAGCCAAUCCCAGAUCAGAGCACCAAAAAUGGACAGCCAAUCCCAGAUCAGGGCACCAAGAAGGGACAGCCAAUCCCAGAUCAGGGCACCAAGAAGGGACAACCAAUCCCAGGUCAGGGCACCAAGAAGGGACAGUCAAUCCCAGAUCAGGGAUUAACCAAAUUAACCAAGGGGAAAGAACCAAGCAAUAUUCAACAAAGGAAAACAGCCCCACCAAUCCAAGUUUAACACUGGAGAUCGAACCAGCCAAUCGCAAAUUGGGAGAGCAGAAGAGCUCCAGCAAUCUGGAUUUGCCACAAGAGUUAGAGGGAGUCAGUCUGAGUUCAACAGGAAGAGCCCUCAGUAACAUUAGUUUAAUUAUGGUGGAAGGUUACACCAAUGUCAGCCUGGGCCAGGAGUAGCUGACUGACUGACUGGGGAGGGUCUAACAAACACGCCAGACUGUGUUUAAAAAUGGAACAGAACAUGAGAUCAUUGCUCACCGUUGCCCCUGACACCAAGAGACUCUUCGAAUCACCAGCACGAAGGUGGAUUAUUCGUUUUAGACCUGAAUCCAAUGACAAAUUCCGUCAAAGCAACGUUUUGACGACAUGAUACACAAGUCAGCGUGAUCCGAAAUCAUCGACUUCACUCACUCGCUGUUGAUGGUUUAAUGUCAGCGAAGUAGGAAGAACAAGAGACCACUCAACCUGGAUCUCAUAGACCCAGACAUCGCAACAUCAUUAACAAUCACUUUCUAAUGUUACAUAUUGGU